CAAUGGGCGGCCGGCGCAGCUACUCCUUGAAUGAAGUGUGUUGUCGUUGCGGAGUGACUCCGGGAGCGGCGGGUGGCCGGACCCGGAUCAAAGCGGCGGGCGCCACGGGAGCGGGGCAGCCGAGGCGGAUCCGCCAGCCGGGGGCCCGGCCCGGCCCCAGCGGGGAGCAGGUGGCGGCGGCUCGCAGCCCGGCCCGAGCAUGUCCUAGCCCGCCCGGCACGAUGCGGAGCCGCCAGCGCCCGGGACCUGUCCUCUGCCUCCUGCUCCUGCUCCUGCUCUGCCGCCCGCAGCUCGCCGCCGCCCAGGCGGUGUGUGCGGGGACCCUGAACGGGCUGAGCGUGACAGGCGAUGCCCAGCACCAGUACCAGACGCUGUACAAGAUGUACAACAACUGCGAGAUCGUCAUGGGCAACCUGGAGAUUGUCCUGAUCGACCACAACCAGAACCUGUCCUUCCUGCAGACCAUCCGGGAAGUGACGGGUUACGUCCUGAUCGCUAUGAAUGUCUUCACGUACCUGCCCCUGGGGAACCUGCGCGUCAUCCGGGGCACGCAGCUCUACGAGGACAAACACGCCCUCUUCGUGCUGCUAAACUACCACACCAACGGCUCGCACGCCCUCCGCCAGGUGGGGUUCAACCAGCUCACGGAGAUCCUGGCGGGCGGGGUUGACAUCGAGAGGAACGAACAGCUGUGCCAUGUGGACACCAUCGAGUGGAGGGACAUCGUCCGGGACCCGCUGAUGGACCCAGUGGUUCGGCAGAAUGGCAGGAAGUGUGCCCCCUGCCAUGAGAGCUGCGAUGGACACUGCUGGGGCCCGAACCCAGAGGACUGCCAGAAAUUGACCAAGACCAUCUGCGCCCCCCAGUGCAACGGGCGCUGCUUCGGGCGUAACCCCAGCGAGUGCUGCCAUGACGAGUGUGCGGGGGGCUGCACCGGCCCCCGCCAGACUGAGUGCUUCGCCUGCCGCCACUUCAACGACAGUGGGGCCUGCGUCCCCCUGUGCCCGCAGCCGCUGAUCUACAACAAGCUCACCUUCCAGCUGGAGCCCAACCCCGACACCAAGUACCAGUACGGGGGCAUCUGUGUGGCCAGCUGCCCACAUAACUUUGUGGUGGAUCAGAGCUCCUGCGUGCGGGCCUGUCCGAAGGACAAGAUGGAGGUGGAGAAGAACGGCCUGAAGAUGUGUGAGCCGUGCCCUGGACUCUGCCCUAAAGCCUGCGAGGGGACGGGCACCGGGAACAAAUACCAGACGGUCGAUUCGAGCAACAUCGACAGGUUCGUCAACUGCACCAAGAUCCUGGGCAACCUGGACUUCCUCAUCACGGGGCUGAACGGGGACCCCUGGCACAACAUCUCGGCCUUGGAUCCGGAGAAGCUGAACGUUUUCCGGACGGUGCGGGAGAUCACGGGUUAUCUGAACAUCCAGUCGUGGCCCAAACACAUGUACAACUUCAGUGUCUUCUCCAACCUCGUCACCAUUGGGGGCCGGAGCCUGUACAACCGCGGCUUCUCCCUGCUGAUCAUGAAGAACCUGAACGUGACGUCGCUGGGGCUGCGCUCGCUGCGGGAGAUCAGCGCCGGGAAAGUGUACAUCACCGAGAACCGGCAGCUCUGCUACCUCCACACCGUCAACUGGGGGGCGCUGUCCCGCCGCAAGCCCGACCUGGAGAUCAAGGACAACAGGCCCCGGGCCAAGGCGAUCCGGGAAUAUGCCCGUGGGGGUGCGUGCUACCAGUGCCACCCGGAGUGCGAGAGGAUGGAGGGCAACCUGACCUGCAACGGCUCGGGUGCGGACGCCUGCGUGCGAUGUGCCCGGUACAAGGACGGGCCCCACUGCGUGGACAGCUGCCCCGAGGGCCUCCUGGGCGAGCAGGGGCCCAUCUACAAGUACCCGGACGCCCACCACGAGUGCCGCCCGUGCCACGAGAACUGCACACGGGGGUGCCUCGGGCCGCAGCUCCAGGACUGCGUCACAGAGCCCCUGCCCAUCGCCAGGAAAAGCCCCACGGUCAUAGCGGUGAUGGUCGUGAGCUGCCUCUUCAUCUCCUGCUCCUGCUUCCUCCUCAUCCUCCUCUACUGGCGCGGGAAGAAGAUCCAGAAGAAGCGGGCGAUGCGCCGCUACCUGGAGAGGGGAGAGAGCCUCGAGCCCCUGGACCCAAGCGAGAAAGCCAACAAGGUGCUGGCCCGGAUCUUCAAGGAGACGGAGCUGAGGAAGCUGAAGGCGCUGGGCUCAGGCGUGUUUGGGACGGUGCACAAGGGCGUCUGGAUCCCGGACGGCGACACCAUCAAGAUCCCCGUCAGCAUCAAGGUGAUAGAGGACCGGAGCGGCCGCCAGACCUUCCACGCCGUCACCGACCACAUGCUGGCCAUCGGCAGCCUGGAGCACGCCUACAUCGUGCGGUUGCUGGGCAUCUGCCCCGGGACGCAGCUGCAGCUGGUGACGCAGCUCCUGCCGCUGGGCUCGCUGCUCGACUACGUGCGCAAGAACAAGGACGCCAUCGGGCCGCAGCUGCUGCUCAACUGGUGCGUGCAGGUUGCCAAGGGCAUGUACUACUUGGAAGAGCAUCGCAUGGUCCAUCGGAACCUGGCCGCCCGCAACAUCCUGCUGAAGUCGCCCAAUCAGGUGCAGGUGGCGGAUUUCGGGAUUGCCGACCUGCUCUACCCCGACGACAAGAAAUACUUCUACAAUGAGAUCAAGACUCCGAUUAAAUGGAUGGCGCUGGAGAGCAUCCACUUUGGGAAGUACACGCACCAGAGCGACGUCUGGAGCUACGGUCAGUGCCCGUCGUGCGGGGGUCCCGGGCUGGGCGCCCGGCAGGCCCUGCGGGUCCGGCAGGAGUCGGUGGGCCGGACGGUGUCGGAGUCGUCGGAGGGCAGGGGCACAGCCUCGGAGGGCGAGCUGAUGGAGGAGCUCUCCCUGCCGAGCCUGCGCUCCCGGGGCGACAGUGCCUACCUCUCCCAGCGCGAGAGCUUCCCCCUGCCCGCGGGCACUGCCGACGGUGAGGACGACAUCAACGGCUACGUCCUGCCGGAUCACCACGGCCGAGAGCGAGCGGCCAGCGUUGCCCGGGCAGUGCGGGACGGGCCCCUGGGCCGCGCCUCGGAGCCGGAGGAGGAGGCGUACGAGUACAUGAACAGACGCCCCCCGCAGCCCCGGCCGGCCUCCCUGGAGGAGCUGGGCUACGAGUACAUGGACCUGGGCUCGGAGCGGAGCGCCUCCCUGGGCAGCGUGUUGAGCUCCCAGCUGCCCGUGGCCGGCUGGGAGGUGGCCGCGGCCGAGGAGGACUACGAAUACAUGAACAAGCAGCCCAAACUCAGCCAGUCCCUGAGCAGCGUGCUGAGCUCGCCGGGGGCCGGGCGGGACGACUACACCUGCAUGAGCGCGGCCGUCCCCCGGGGCUCCCCCGACGAGCAGGGCUACGAGGUAAUGGAGGCCAUCCUGGCUCCGGGGAGCGGGCCAUGCCUGGACUGCCAGAGCUCGCCCUGCCCCAAGAACGGCUUCAUGAAACCCCUGCGGAGCCUGGAAGCCUCGGACUGCGCCUUCGACAACCCCGACUACUGGCACAGCCGGCUGUUCGCCAAGGCGGACGCCCAGUGCACCUAGGGGGCAACGGGGGGGUGCCCGACCCGUCUGUCCCCGGGGGGCAGGGCCGUUGGACUCCGGCGCCUGCCCGCCCCUCGCCAAACGAGCCCAGCCGGGGGGCUGGGAGCGAACGUCCUGCCCCAGCCCCAGAGGGUAUUUACAGGGUGGGCAGAAAUGGCCAACGCUCCCUUAACGGGGCAGCGGGGGCCGGGGCCUGCCCCUGCGUCUGUGCCCAUUGCAUGCUGGAAUGCAGGCUGGUUCUGACAGCUGGGGGCAAUGCAUUGCCCCACUGUGAAAUCAAACCAGUCCGGGGGGACUACCCCCUCCACCGUUCCACCUCAGGAUCACAGACAUACGGACGCAGGACAGAUACCUACAUCUGGUGAGGUGGGCAGGGGAGUCAGGGGCUGCGUCCUCCCCUCCCCCGCAUGGGAAAAGCCUCAUGUACUGAGCUCCCAGAAUCGGGGCUGGGGGCGUAUGGGGCCCAGCCAUGGAUCAAGCACGUGGGGAGCAGCUGGAGGAGGGGGCUGCCUCAUUCCUCACCCCCCACCAAGCAAACAUGGGGGGGGGUGUCUGUUUACACCUGGAUAUGAAGAAUCCCGGAGUUGCUCCAGGCAAGGCCGUGGGGUGAAGUGAACAGAAGAGGGGGGCUGCUGGUUUGGGGUCUAGUGGGUAAAACGCUGGACUGGGAGCCAGAACUCCUGAGUUCUAUGUCCUAGACUCGCUGCUCUGGGCCUCAGUUUCCCCCUCUGGGCCAUGUAGGGAGUUAUAGACCUUUAUAAAGCGCUGGGAGAGCCCUGGGCAGACCUGCCCCAGCCUUCUCUCUCCUGCCCCCCUGCAAACCAGGGGUGACCCAAUGACUGCUGCCCCCCUCCCUUGCCGGGGCUGAGCUAAGCACCGCUUAGGAGCGGAGGCCGCAGCCGGGUGGAGAGAGUCGGUGGGUCGGGUUCUGUUCCGUUCAACCCGAUUUCCACUGGUGUAAGAAGCCCGGGGGCCGGAGUCUGAUCUCGAUCUCGAUCCCCCAGAGUUACUCCUGAUUCCCACCAAACCGGGGUGAUCAGAGCCUGCGCCUGGGGGUGAUCCCAGCCUGGGGCCCAAGAAAAGCAAGGCCAGCAGGCUCCAGCCCCGGACCUCCCCUCCUGUCACCCCACAGAAGCCGUGCCCGAUGAGAGGCGUGGGGAGCUAGUUACCGACGGGGGGUGGGGGGACGACCCCCCAAGCCUGUGGCGAAGAAAUGAAGUUGAUGUUUUUGCACUGAAUCUCGUGGCACGGUUCACUCCAUGUGCGAAGCUGGAGCAGGCUGGCCUGGCUCGCGGGUGCGCCCGUCUUUCCUCUCCUCCGACAAAGGCCUCCGUGUUUGUCCCGGGCCUGCGCUGUCUGUUGCGGGGUCUGGAUCCGCCAAAGGGCUGCUUUCCUCUGCAGGAAGCGGAGCGUGUGCCCUCCUCGUCACCCCCCCAAAUGAAGCAAGUGAGGGGCUCUGAAUUCUUCCCACGUGAGGCCAUGGGAUGUCAGUGCUUUUUACCUGGGGGACCCACAGCGAGUCUGAGCAGCCUUGGUUAAAGUGGUGGAAGGAGCGUUGUCUAGGGGUUAGAGCAGGGAGCGCGAGAGUCAGGAUUCCUGGGUUCUGGUCCCAGUUGCAGGAGGAAGGGGGUGUCUAGCGGUUAGAACAGGCUGUCUCCCUCCGCUCUCUGAGCUCUGGAAGGGGGAUUUCCCCCCAGCUCUCCCCCCCUUGCUCAGCCAGACGGUGCGGUGGGAGGGCGGGACAGACCAUACAUACUACCAACGUCUGACUAGAGCAGGGACCUGCCCGGGCCUUUGGAAGGGAGCAUGGGGCAGGUCUUCCCUCCCUGUUGCAGCCGGCUGAGCAGGGGGGAGCCAGCCCCAUUGCCUCGAACUGGCUGUGGAGAUCAGAGACCCUUCUGGGGUGUCCAGUGAGACCUUCGCCCCUCUGCUAGAGCCGUGGGGAAGCACCGACUCGUGAUCCGCCCCACGUAGGUGUGUGACGCGUCUCAGCCCUGCGCAUCUGGGCUAAGGAAUCCACACGGGCACCUUGCUAGUGAGCCUGGCACGGGGCCCCUGCCUGGCACACGUCUCAAAGCUGCCACUCUGCCCCCUGCUGGCAAGUGGCACUAACGCUGCAGAAAAAUGUUCUCACGUGGGAACGGUUUAUUGGAUUUCAGAAUGAGAAGCAGAAACAAGUCUGAGGUCUCCCCACCCGUCGUGUGCGUUAACCAGGCUGCGCGGCUCCAUCCGUUUGUAUUUGUUUUAAAUGCAGGAGCUGAUAGCCUGCUGGGCCCGGACUCCUGGGUUCUAAAACGGGAACAAUGAAUAGCAUGACAGGGUGAGGGGUUUGCUGUUUUCGUCCCAGCCUCUCCAAAGGAGAGAGAACUAAAGAACACACCAAAAGCCGCCUGGGGAGAGCUGAGCAUGGGGGCUGCACCUUCCUACUGAACUCAAAGGGGCUGAUCCCGGUUUUGCUUCCAACUGGACUAAUUCUAGUGAAAUCACCGGGUCCAAAUCCUCUUUGGGUUGUUUACACCUGUGCAAAGGGCAUGUAAACGUGGCAGCUCGCACUGGCAGCAUGCUGCAGGGAUGCAAGUGAGGACACAAGAGCAGGGGAAGAUCAGGUGCAAACUGAGCCAAUCCAAUUUGCUAGUUAGUCCUUUUAAAGAAGCACAUGCAAUGCCUCCAGUAGCCUGGAUCUUCCAGAAGACCCCCCUCCCCCCGUACAUUUUCAUAAAGGUUAACACUCUGGAAAGCAGGGAGUACUUUUUUUUUGGUCUCCUGUCCUUGUUUGCAUUGUCUUGCUGUGUGUCAGAACUGGUGGAAUGAAGGUUAAAAGAAAUCUCUGAGCUUUACAAUUGUACCUGUGGGACUCACCGCCGCAGGAUGAAAUAGCUUUGGUGUUUUGUUUUUGAAAGGAAUGAGACACUUACAGGAAUAGUAACACCAUUUGUAGUGACCCAAGCUAGGAUAAAAGUCCCAAGGUUCGAAGGGAAUAUGCAGAUCAGAAGGGAAUAUACUAUUAUUGCCUAGUUAGGCUCUGGUCUUGGAAGGAGAUGCAUAGAGUCGGACUCAUGUGUAGCAACUGGGGAUGUAUUUAUUAAUAUAGAGGCCCUGUCAAUACAUUUGCUCUGGCACGAGCUAGGCAAACAAACUGCAGUGUACUAUAGCCCGUGGCCAUGGUGAAUACAACAUCGGUGAAGUAAGGAAAUUGUACACCGGGGGCUGUGCUCUGCGACAGUGCAAGGCGGUCUCUGUGAGCAGCUAUGCCAACCUCAAGUAUUCAAAAAUCACAAACUCAGCUACAAAAUCCUGGUUUGUUUGUUUUUAAAUGAGUUUGGUUUGGGUUUGGUUUUUUUUUAAUUUGCCUUCUGGUUUCUGAGCCUUUAGGUCUCACAAGGAGUCGUGUUUUCAAGCUUUUCUGUGCAGCUACGAAGCCUAGAACCAUACUUUAUUUACUAUGAAGCUUUAAGAAAACACCAAAUGCAGAAACGUACACUGUGAGCAUUGGCAGCGCGAAGGAAGGGCCUUUCCACGCACAUCUCAUUGCCAGAUCGGGGCCAUACGUGUGUUGUUACAGGUGAGGGGGGACUGGUGUCUUCCUCUCAAGCGUUGGGCAUCCGUCACUCUCAGGGCUGGGCCGCCGGGUUUGGCUGGGCCCAUGAACCCCGCGUGGGAAGCCCUCGCCUACGCCGUCUCUCCGUUUUCUGUGCUUCCCAUCACUGAAGGAGUUUUAAUGUUUUUUUUAAAGACAAAAUAAAAGUGAAGCUGAUGAACAUGG